AUGGCUGAAGCUUCCGAAAGUGAGAGUGCUGAUUCCACUGAGUCUCCAGACGAGGCAAAGAAGGUUCGCAAGAUUCCAGUCAUUGUGAUCCUCUUGGUUGAGCUCUGCGAGAGGCUGACAUACUAUACACUGGCAGGCACGCAGAAAAUCUAUUUGCAGAAUCAGCUCCACAAGUUGCCCUCGACGGCAGCAGCACUGAACUCGGUCUUCAGCAUGCUGUGUUACUUCUGGUGUAUCCCGGGCGGCCUGAUCGCAGACUCUGUGGGUCGUUACAAGACCAUCAUCGGUGCGGGUGUAAUCUAUGCUACCGGCACACUUUGCGUUGCUAUUGCUGUAGUCCAUGCCUUCCAGACCUCGCUUGGCUGGAUGUUUACCGGUGGAUGCCUCGUGCUCAUCGCAGCUGGCACAGGUGGCAUCAAGCCAAACAUUGCAAAUUUCGGCGCUGACCAGAUUGGUGACGAAACUGAGAGCCAGCGGGAAUGCCAAAAGACUUACUUCUCUCUGUUCUACCUGGCCAUCAACAUCGGGGUUCUGUUUGCCUUUGGAUUCUUCACGAACAUCACCACUGGUGGGCUCCCUGGUGUGGUUCCCCAAAGUGAGGGCUACUCCUUUGCAUAUGGUGCCGGAGCUGUCUUUAUGAUAGCAGCGGUGUUGAUCUUCAUCUCCUUCACUCCAUCUUACCGGCGGCUGCCUGGAAAUGGUCUUGGACCUGUGAAGCGUCUGGUCCGCUAUCAAUGCCGUUCUCUGCGUGGCGGCGGCUGGCGAGCUGUGAUGUCUGCCAUUGGUUGGCUCUGCUUGCCCUUCUUCUACAUCGUCACCCUUGCAGCCGUGUUGACACCGAAAGCGACGACUGCAAGCGAGCAGGUCUUUCUGGAUCCAUGCUCUUCCGCGUCGGGUACUCGCCGGCUCCACGGAGGGACGAUCUCCAUCAACGAUACCCUCAACGACACGGCCCUGGCUUUGGGCGGCUUGGCCUGCGUCUGCCUCGUCGUCGCCAAUGUCCGUUGCUCUUGGGUGCAAAAGCUCGGGGACGAGUCCAAGAACUCCUUCAACCAGGUGGAAGCUGCACGAACCUUCGCUGCCAUUCCCGUCAUCAUCGUGGUCAACCUUUCCUUCAGUCUCUGCUACAACUCAAUGAACAACGCAUUCCCAUCACAGGCCUGCCAAAUGGACGUCCGCCUAGGAGACGGGCAGCUGAACGGAGCUUUCUUCAACAUCGCGGAUGCCCUGGCCAUCGUGGUCUUCACACCCAUCUUCGAGUCUUGCGUGUAUCCGCUGAUAGCACGUCUGAAGGGUAGCCCUGUCUCUUUGGGGCAGAAGAUGGUUACUGGACUUCUCGUUGCCGCAGUCUCCAACUUCUCAGCUGCGGUGCUGGAGGUGAAAAGACGGGCGGCCCCUCCUCUUUGUGAUGUCGGCUUUUCGCAAUGUGCGCCAGGAUAUUCGGAGGAUGGGCUAUUUGGGACCCGAAUGCGGGACAUCAGCGGCUUCUGGAUCUUCCUGCCCUACAUCCUGGUGGGAAUCGCCGAGAUCCUGGUAAACCCGUGUCUCUACUGCUUCUCAUAUGAGAGCGCUCCCCCAGAGGUUCGCUCCCUCCUUCAGGCGGUGAACCUCUUUUUCUCGGGAUCUGUUUCCAAUGCCUUCACAGCAAUUGUAUCCAAACUGCUCUACCCGGAUGAUCUAGACACCGGCCACCUUGAGUACUACUACGCAGUGAAUAUGCUGCUUGCCCUGGUGGGAAUUGGACUCUACUUCUCUGUCACAAGAUGUUGUCACAGCCACGAGCUUGCUGAAGGCAACAGUGACGACAGUACAUAG